AUGAGAGAAGUCAUCAGUAUUAACGUUGGCCAAGCUGGUUGCCAGAUUGGUAACUCUUGCUGGGAGCUCUACUGUCUCGAACACGGAAUUCAACCUGAUGGUUUCCCCUCGGGUGAAGUGAGAAACGCUGGCUACCGUGAUGAAGGCUUUAGCACAUUCUUUUCUGAAACUGGUACCGGAAAGUUUGUCCCAAGAACCAUCUAUGUCGACUUGGAACCCAAUGUCGUUGACGAAAUCAGAACAGGCAAGUACCGUGAUCUCUUCCACCCAGAACAACUCAUCACCGGUAAGGAAGAUGCCGCAAACAACUAUGCCCGUGGCCACUACACUGUCGGUAAAGAACUCAUUGACCAAGUCAUGGACCGUGUCCGCAAAGUUGUCGACAAUUGCGACGGCCUCCAGGGUUUCCUCUUCUCUCACUCCUUUGGUGGUGGUACCGGUUCUGGCUUUGGUGCCCUGCUUCUCGAACGCCUCUCGGUCGACUAUGGCAAAAAAUCUAAACUCGAAUUUGCAGUCUACCCUGCCCCUCAAAACUCUACCUCCGUCGUUGAGCCUUACAACUCGGUCCUCACUACACACUCAACCCUUGAACACUCAGACUGUACCUUUAUGGUCGACAAUGAGGCCAUUUAUGACAUGUGCCGCAGAAGUCUCGAUAUCCCUAGACCCUCUUACGAAAACCUUAACCGCCUCAUUGCUCAGGUCGUUUCUUCCGUCACAGCCUCCCUCCGUUUCGAUGGCUCAUUGAAUGUCGACUUGAAUGAGUUCCAAACUAACUUGGUCCCCUUCCCCCGUAUCCAUUUCCCCCUUACCACUUUUGCCCCAGUCCUUUCUGUCGCUAGAGCAAACCACGAAGUCAACUCAGUCGCUGAUAUUACCUUCUCCUGCUUCGAGUCCUCCAACCAAAUGGUCAAGUGCGACCUCCGCAACGGAAAAUACAUGGCUACCUGCUUGUUGUACCGUGGUGAUGUUGUCCCCAAGGAUGUUGGCCAAGCUGUCGCAGUCAUCAAGGCAAAGAAGUCUAUCCAGCUGGUGGACUGGUGCCCCACAGGUUUCAAGAUUGGUAUUUGCUACGAACCCCCACGAUGCGUCCCUGGUGGAGAUCUUGCCCAGGUCAAGCGUUCCGUCUGCAUGCUCUCAAACACAACCGCCAUUGCCGAGGCUUGGAGCCGUCUCGACCAAAAGUUCGAUCUCAUGUACUCAAAGCGUGCCUUUGUCCAUUGGUACGUUGGUGAGGGUAUGGAAGAAGGUGAGUUUUCCGAGGCCCGUGAAGACUUGGCUGCUCUGGAGAGAGACUAUGAGGAGGUUGCUGCUGACUCGCCUUAUGACGAGCCCAAUGAGUAUUAA